UAAUUUCUUUUUUCUUUAUAUUCAGUGCUGUGCAACAGCUAGAGAUAGUGUGUUGAUCAGCGCAAGUGUUACCAUGCUCUCCUCAAAAGUGACUUUGAGAAGAAGUAUGAAAGAGCAAAGGCUGUGUUUGCUUAGUUUAUUUAUUGUUACUGAGGUUUAUGAAGAUGUACCCCAGAAGUGCCUGUAAGAGCUAGUACAUUAAAUAGUGCAUUAUGCUGUAUUAGACUGUAUGCUCUGUUUAACCUGGUUUAUUCCAUUUAAUUUUUUUUUAUUUUAUUUUUUUAUUUUUUUUUAUUGUUUUAGCAAGAAGGGCAAAACAGCGCAGUAAUGUAGUAUGUAGCUAGUUGAAGCAGGAAAUGAGGGCAUUUUGAGCACUGUGAAGCAUUACUGUAAAAUGCUAAAUGGAGUUCCCACAGGGAAAACACAUGACCAGAUUUUUUUGUUAUUGUUUUUUCUCCUUUGCAUUAAGCUUGUUCUUAUGCUAAUCCUGCAGAUCCAGAAAUUCAGUGAUAGAUUACCUGCCUAACCCUGUAAUACAGCUGUUCUCUAGAGUCCACCUGCGUAGCUAAAAAAAGGGCAUAGAGAAAUGUGAUAAUAUAUGAUAUAGAAGAAGCACAUGCUAAGGUACAAAUUUGAACUGAGCUUUUAUGUCUUAGCUGGCAGAUCAUUGUUUAAUUCUUUCAUUAGUUUGUCCUAAAGUGGGUUACCUUUAGGAGUAUAGUAAUAUGUUCUAGAUUAAAUUUGUCAUAUGCAGUGCUUUCACUUUUCUUUUUGUACUCUGUGGAGUCCUAUGUGCAAGGUAGUAUUGUGAUUCAAUGGUUUUAUUUCUCGAUCUUUGCUGGUGUGUUUUUUUGUUGUUGUUGUUUUGGUGUUUUUUUUUUCUUUGUUUAAAUUGUUGCUGCUAUAACUUCAAGUCUGUUUCUUCACAGCAAAAGUGUUUUGCAGUGGGAGUGGAAGGUGUUAAGUUUUGUGCUAAGUGAGUUAAUUUCAGUCUCAGACUAUCUCCCAAAAAGAAUACUUAUGUCUGUAGAGGCAAGAUUAUUUGAACUUUUAGAGGAAGGUCUUUGGAUCCUAGCAGGAUAAUUGAUUGUGACCUUACAACCUGGCAUGCUGGCUGGGUCAAGAAAGCAUUUAGAAAAAGACGAGGACUUUUCAUUCCUACUUCUAGCCCACAGGAAACCAGGGAAUGUCAUUGGGACACAUUCACUCAGUAGCAUGAAGAAUUCAUUCUACUCAGUAAUAUGAGCCAGAACUGUGUAGGAUGGCCCAGCAGCUGUAAUGUACCUAGAUCUAGGUUUUCAAUAGUUAUGUUCCCAGAAAAAACACAAUAGAAAGGCUGGGUUUUCCCAGGUUCCCAGUAUAUUUGAGGACUUGUUUGCUUUUGAAAACUGGAAUGUAAGAAUGGCAAUGGGAACUAGCCACUACGACUGCCUGCCCACUGUUGAUUAGUUUUUUUUUUUGGGAAGCCUGUAUAAGAGCUGACUGUCCUGAAGGAUCGGGUUGAAACCAAAAUCAGGUUGUUCUCCUGUUCCAGUGUCUUCUUGUGCCAGAUUUUGAGAAGCUGUGGAGUCUUUCUAGCUGGUAAAUUUGCAAGUUUAAUAAUUACUUCUUAAUUUUUUUCUUUUCUUAUUUCAUCCUGACCUUUCCUGACAAUAUUACUGGGUGUUAGAAUGUAAUCUGUUACAGCCUACUGUUUUUCUUACUGAAGGAUUUGAAUACAAUUUUUUUCCCCUACUGUAAUUCACAUAAUGGCACAAUUAGCAUAAUUUGGUCUAAUGACAAUAUGAAUCGAGUCUACUGGAAAAAUCUGUAAAAUAUUGGUAACAUGAACAGAGAGGUUUGGUCCAGCCAUGCUUUAUUAGUAUUUUACCUCAUUAAAGCCCUUCCAAUAAAUAAUAAGAUAUGUAAUCUCUGAUCAGUUUGUUUUGUUGCCUAAUGAGAUUUCAAUGUUUUUCUGUAGUAUGUCUUGAUGUGUGUUCCUGUCUUGGACAGAGCUUUAGCUGUUGAGUAGUCUUAUUCAUUAUAUUUUCCUCAUUAUAGAGGAGAUCCCCAGUUACUUGAUUGUCUGGUAUUUAACCUAAACAGUAGAGCUGAACCUAGGCCCCAAAUCUGGUUAUCUUCCAAACUGUACAAUUAGCAAACCUGAAAUGUGAAAUAAAGGCAUGUAUUGAUCCCCUGACACACACACACACACGCUUCUUUGAAAGAAGCCCAGUAUAUCACAAUCCCUGGAAUUUUACAUCCAGUUAUCUAUGAUGUGGGGUUUUUUUUGUUUUGUUUUGUUUUUUUGUUUGUUUGUGUUUGUUUUUUUUUGCAUGUGACACCAGGAGCAAACUAUCAUUCAAUCUUGGUAUCAAGUGCAUUAAGGAAAAAGCAAACCACUCUCUCUGCUUUCUAAAGAUGUAUUUUUAGAAUAGGAUUUUCAAAGGAACAGGGUAUAAAUAAUUCCAGAAAGCAUUUUGCCUAGUGUGUUGUGCUGAAGAGAAAGGUAGCAGUGAAGAUUUCUGAGUAUUUGAUGACUCCUGGAUUUCUUAAGUACUCUCUUGAGGAUAAAUAUAGAGAGAGCUUUAAACUAGAUAGGAAGGGGGAAGGGGAUAAAGCCAGGCCUGCUAGAGAUCAGCCUGGGGAAGUAGUACUGGGAUUAGGAGAGAGGCGUACAAACUCUUCAGGAGGGAUAUGCAAGGAAGGAGGGAUGGUGGUGUGGCUCUCUAUGUUAGGGAAUGCUUUCAUGCUACUGAGAUUGUGACUGGGGACAAUAAGGUUGAAUCCCUAUGGGUAAAGAUCAGAGGAAGGGCUGACAAGGCAGACAUCCUGGUGGGCGUCUGUUAUAGACCACCAAACCAGGAUGAAGAGACAGAUGAGGUAUUCUAUAAGCAGCUGGCACAAGCUGCACGGUCGCCAGCCCUUGUCCUCAUGGGGGACUUCAACUUCCCUGACAUAUGCUGGGAGUACAGCACAGCGCAGAAGAAGCAGUCUAGGAGGUUUCUGGAGUGCAUAGAGGACAGUUUCCUGAUGCAGCAGGUGAGAGAGCCCACAAGAGGAGCUGCCCCGCUGGACCUGCUGUUUGCAAGCAGGGAAGGUCUGGUGGGAGAUGUGAAGGUUGGGGGCUGUCUUGGACAGAGUGACCAUGAAAUGGUAGAUUUCUCGAUUCUUGGUGGAGCCUGGAGGGGGAAUAGCAAAACUGCUACCUUGGACUUCUGGAGGGUGGACUUUGAAUUGUUCAAGAGACUAGUAGGGGGAGUCCCCUGGCAUUCAGUCUUAGCGAGUAAAGGGGUCCAAGAUGGCUGGUUGCUCUUCAAGAAGGAAGUCUUAAGGGAGCGGGAGCAGGUGGUCCCUCUAAGCUGUAAAAUGAGCCAGGAGGAAGAAGACUGGCGUAGAUGAAUAAGGAGCUAUUCUUGAGGCUCUGGGAGAAAAAGGGAAUCUACCACCUGUGGAAGGAGGGAUGAGCAAUUCAGAAUGAAUACAAACAAGCUGUUAAGACGUAUAGAGGUGUUAUGGUUUUGUAAUUUGGUUGGUGUUGGUAUUCCACAUCAGAACACCAUGCGGAAUAAUGGGAGUUAAGGGGACAAGU